GUAAUUCUGUGAUGGAUAUUUCCUGGGUGUGACAGAGAGGCAGGUGAACGAGUGAAGAGUGAAUUCACACUUUAAAGAGCAGCGAAGACCAUCUUGCCAUGAAACCAUUCACAGAUGAAGAUGUAGAAAUCUACAUCCAGAGCAAGGUGGAACGGCGGCAUUACCUGGUUUCCAAAGCAGUGGAGGAGGUGCAGAAAAUCAUCCAGCAGCUGACUGCAGAAAUCAGCUACAAGGCUGUGCGAUUCCAGGCUAUCUCCAACUCUGGCAUUCACAAUGAGAACAUUAAGGAUCAGCCAGCUUUACUGGCCAAGUGGUCAGCUAUGCUUCGGAGGAAGCGCCCAUUCCACCCAUCCAUCCAGGUCUUAGCACCCAGCCAGUUCCUCAUCACAGUUCCUCUGCGUGGCCUGACGGGUUACAGGGAAUGCCAGGUACGGCACUGGCGCUAUUACACCGUGAAUGGAGCCAAGCUCCUCUCCUCCGUGCGGGACCCUGAGGAACUGCAUCAGUGGCUGGAGGUGGAGCAGUUCUCAAAAAGCCUUCAGCAGUGGCACGAAGAGGACGUGAACAUCGAAGGUGAUCUGGUUCCAGCCAAAGUCCUUGUCGUCUUCCGGGAGCUGGUGGAGAAGUCCAUUGUCUCCUGUAACCUCUCCAGUAAAGUGACAGUGCUGGAGAGCUUCAGCUCAGUGGUCCGGGUGGCUGUGGAGACAUCAGAAUCACAGGUUGAGGUGGAGCUGGUCCCUGCUGUGGAGAUUCCAACUUGCUGGCCUGAGAAAGCCCGGUGGCCUCGUUGCCUUAAGCGUUGGCCUUCUCGGGAAAAAGUGCAAUGCAUCAAGUCGCUGGGUUUCGACCUCCUGGCCCGCUCUAACUAUCACUGGCAGCUGUGUUUCUCCCGUGCUGAGCACAUCCUCAUGGAGGGACUUGAUGAAGAUGGUGGUUGUCGCAUGAAGUGCUUCAGGGUCAUGAGGCAGAUGAAGGAAGAUGUCUGGUGUGCUGGAAAUAAGCCUGUCAUCACAGCUUAUCACCUUCAGACAGUGCUAUUCUGGACGUGUGAAAAAUACCCCCGCACCAAGGAUUGGCGCUGCUUCCCUGAAGCCUUUCUGAGGCUGGUACAGAAGCUGCACAAGUGUGUAAGCCAGCACUUCCUCAAGCAUUACUUUCUCAAGAACACCAAUCUGCUCAAAUAUGCCAACACCAGUGACCUGGACCUGGUGGCCAGCAAGCUCGCGGUCUUCUUGGAGAAUCCCGUUUUCUGCCUGGACUAAGGCAGGCAAAGGUCUCGUCCCAGCCCCGAGUCGAUCCCCCAGCUCCUCUCCCCACCUGUGGUUGCUCUCCGUGUCCUUCCAGUUGAUGCUGCAGCUGGCUCUGUGAGACAGUUGGCACAUGCAGCGCGAAAGAGAAGUGUUGAGCUGGCAGCGGUGGGCGGUGAAAACUGAUGGGAGGUAUCACUUGAUGCCCAGCUGAUCUAAUUUGCUUUCAACAGUGACAGCCUGCCUGGAAGGUACAGCCAGUGAAACCCAGCUUUCUGUGUCAGAGCAGGCAACUGCCUCGUUCUGUCUCCAGUCCUGUGGCACCUAAGCUGAAAGGCAGCACAAAGGAGUCUCGCUCUGCUGCCCCUGUAACCUAGCUCAUGCACUGUUGCUGCAAUUGCCUUCCUCACAAGGACAGUGGGUUUAAUUGCCUAAUUACCUCACAGGCCAGCUCUACAGAGGGGCAGAGGAACAUUUCCGAGGUGUUCUGAAGCUGGAAGCUUUCUCAGAGGAAAUUCAAUUCAGUGAGGUCCUGCUCCAGUAGGAUCCAGUAAUAAUUUAACCAUGCUGCUAGUGUUGAAGAGCUCAGUGGAAGCAAGAAGAGGAACAGUGGGUUUUGCCUCUUCAUUUUUCUCUCCUUCACUUACAUUUUUCUUUCAAUUGCUUCAAAUAUGUCUUUUUCCUGUUUGCCAGCUGUGUUAGUGCCAUACAGUCAGGGGGCUUUGGCAGGGCAGAUUUCACUCCCAUCCCUGGCUCUAUCCAGCAGGCUGGACAAGGAGCAUGUCUUUUCCUAGUUGUUAGCACCCACGUAUUUUUGGGUGCAGUGUAGAAUAUUUUUCAGAGGCUCUUAGCUCCAAGACGCCCAGCGCUUUUAAUUCUGUGGAUGUUUCAAAAGAAAAUGAAUUUUAGUAUUUCAAAAGAACAAAGCUUUAGAAUUAAUAUAAAGAAUGCUGGGUUUAACGUUAUUAAAUUGCUGAAACUUAACCAAGAUGGGGGAGAGGGGGUUAGGUUUGAUUUGGUGGGUUUUUUUGUCACAUCUGUGCAGGAAAGUAAAUAAGUCCUUUGCCAAGGGGGCUGGCAGAGGUGGGAUUUGCAUCGCGCCCCAAGGAGCUGCAAGAGGCGCAUUUGCAGCGCGGCGUCUCCCCGUCGUGGCAGACUGCGGUACCACCAGUCUCCAGCACAGCCUCUGGAGCAGGCUGUCUUCUACAGGUUAUGAGCAGAGAAGAUAUGGGUCAGGAAGGAUCCAAGCUGUGUACUCCUGGUCUGGUCAUGGUCCUGUGUCUCCUGCAUCAGAUGUCACCACAUAUAGACGUGAUCCGACCAUGUAAACUGGCCCCUCUUUACUCAGAUCCUCGGAAUACUCUCCAAGUCACCUUUCCACAUGGGUAACUGUCUCGUGUGGAACUGUUUUGAGCAGUUAACUUUUCUUGCUAAACCUUUGUUCUCCGGGCUCCCUAAAUGGGACACAAGUGUCGGUGUCAUGAUGACACCUCCUGUUCAAGUGUGGCUUUCUGAUUUCCUGUGAGCUGUUUCAGUAAAGUGCAAGGAGAUGCCAGGCAGAGUCAGGCAGCUGUGGCAAUGAAGUAAUGUCUCCUGUUUCGUCUUGAUUUUGUCUUGUGGUUGAAUGGCUGGCUUCUGAAGUUAGAGGAGGGCAAAAACAGUUCAAACUGUUCAAGGACAGUGAAAAACAUUCAGUGCAAUUAAUCCCAAAUUUGAUAUUUUACUGCCCUGAUGUAUGAUCCUUUUGGGAUUUAGUUGUGGCUGUUAAAGAAUUUAUCUCCCUUUAUAGCUGGGUGAAAGAACAGCAUUUGGUGGUGAUGCCUUAACUUGGAUGCAGCUGUGUGUCAGAGUCCUCAGCUGCUGGGAUUCACAGCCUGCUGUGAAGCAAAACCAUGGGCAUGCACCGUGUGCUGCACAGCCGUGACAUGGAAUGUUCCACUGCCCUGCCAGAGCCUCUUACAGCCAGGAACGACUCAGCAAAGCCAGGAAAUAAGCACAGAAUGAUGGACCCCUGCCUUGAGCCAAGUCUGAUCAAUUUUUGCUCUGUUUUCUUCUUGUUCACUCAAGCAAAUGCAUCAGCUAGCACAUGCUGCUGCAGAAAGUAUCCUUGUCACCACUGGAACAUGGAAGGUACAUUCCUGUUGACCACAAAGACGCAGGAACAAUCCCACAGCUUUUUCUCCAGAGCAGCAAGAUGUGACACAGCUGGCCACUGGCAAAGAGAAAAGGCUUUGAGGAAAGGAUUAACAUGGUCCUGGAAGCAGUUGAAUGCAAGAAUGAAUUCCUUUCAGAGACAUCUUUGAGACACUACCUUACAUCAUCUCAUUCAGGUCUACAUGAGUGUGUGGAGUUUUGUUGUUGAGGCAGUUUUUUGUGGUUGUGGGAGAGUUGUGCAGGAGGUCUCUUAUUAAAAAAAUAACAAGCUUGCCAAAUAUAUUUAUUUCAUUUCUUACCACAGUAAACUUUUUGCAGAUAGCUUUUCACUUAUACACCAAUCCUAGUUGCAAAAUCAUCCCGUGAUUUGCCUCCAAGAAGUGAUACCACAUUGUACUUUGGCUACAGAAUAAGUUUUAUGCUUCAUAUUUAUAAUUUUUCUUUUUUAAAAGUGAGCAUCUGGAUGAAUACACACAUUCAAACCACACAUAAACAGGUUUAAUCAAAAGUUCUGUGUUCAGAACAUCUGGAAGAAAUGUGAUGACCAUUUUCUCUCCCUCUCUUUUUCAUUGCUUUCAUGAGUAUUUGCUGCAUUCUGAGCCCUCACCACAAUCAGCAUCACUCCAUCUGUCAGAGAUUUCAAUUGAAUGUGUUGUUCUGCCAUAUAAAACAGUACAAAAGUCA